AAUAAAUACGUUGAGAAAACAGGUUCGGUUUGGUUUUGGCAAAACAAAAAUAUAAGAAGGGAGUCACCAUGGAAGACCAAAAACAAUGCAUCAGGUUCUGCUCACACUCACAGCAAGAAGAAGGCCAAUUGCAAUCUUUUCAUUAACCCUCCUCUUGAGCACCGCCAUCUUCAUAUCAUCAGUUUUCUUGCAGCCAAAAAACCCUCCUCCUCCUCCUCCUUCUUCUUCUCAAAAACAGCAAUCCAUGGCUGCUGCUCGUAGUUUUGUACUAUGGCUUCAUGGAUUGGGUGACUCAGGCCCUGCCAAUGAGCCCAUCAAGGCCCUCUUCACUUCUCCUGAAUUUCGUACCACCAAAUGGUCUUUCCCUUCUGCUCCUAUUGCCCCUGUCUCCUGCAACUAUGGUGCUAAAAUGCCAUCAUGGUUUGACAUCCAUGAGAUUCCUGUGACAGCUGAUUCUCCAAAAGAUGAAAGUAGUUUGUUGAAAGCUGUUCAGCAUGUGCAUGCAAUGAUAGACAAGGAAAUAGCUGCAGGGACAAAUCCUGAGAAUGUGUUUGUGUGUGGAUUCAGCCAAGGAGGUGCAUUGACCUUGUCCAGUAUUCUGCUGUACCCAAAAACUCUAGGAGGUGGAGCCGUCUUCAGUGGAUGGGUUCCUUUUAAUUCUUCUAUCAUGCAACAGGUUUCACCAGAUGCAAAGAGGACACCUAUUCUGUGGUUACAUGGAAUGGCUGACGCAACAGUAUUGUUUGAAGCUGGACAAGCAGGCCCCCCUUUGCUUGAAGAAGCUGGUAUAAGCUGCGAGUUUAAGGCUUAUCCUGGUCUUGGCCAUUCAAUAAACAAUGCAGAGUUGAAAUACCUGGAAUCAUGGAUCAAGACUCGCCUGCCAAGUUCUUCUUAGAGUUUUGGGUACUGUUGAACAUGCAUAAGCUUCAUGUCAUAGCUCUAGGUUAUGUGGUAGAAUCUAUCACAUAUACAGGGGGGACAAAUAUUCAGAUAUUAUUAUGCGCGUUGUGG